AGACUGCUUAUCAAUACCAGCUGUAGCACUGUGGCUUUUCUCCAUGGACUCAUGGUGGUCUUUGGAACAACGUUCUUCAACUUUGACAGGUUUUCUUUAGGCGAUGCUAGGAGGCCUUUGCAUGAAACAGCAGUUUUGGUGGAAGAUGUGGUGCACACUCAGUUAAUCAAUCUGUUACAGCAAGCUGCUGAAGUUUCUCAGCUUCGGGGAGCAAGGGUAAUAUCUGCUGAAGAUCUUCUGUUUUUGAUGCGCAAAGAUAAGAAAAAACUUAGAAGACUGCUAAAAUACAUGUUUUUCCGAGACUACAAAUCAAAGAUUGUCAAAGGCAUAGAAGAGGAUGAUCUUCUUGAAGACAAACUGAGCAGCACUAAUAAUACAAACAAAAGACAAAAAAUCGCUCAAGACUUUCUCAACUCCAUUGACCAAACAGGAGAACUCUUGGCAAUGUUUGAAGAUGAUGAAAUUGAUGAAGUUAAACAAGAAAGAAUGGAGGAAAAUAUCCAGUUAGCUUUGUGGGCAAAGAGAGCAGAAAGACAAACUCGAAUUAUGGAUUCAGCCCAAUAUGCAGAAUUCUGUGAAAGUCGACAAUUGAGUUUCUCCAAAAAAGCCUCCAAAUUUCGAGACUGGUUGGACUGCAGCAGUAUGGAGAUAAAACCCAAUGUUAUCGCCAUGGAAAUUUUAGCAUAUUUAGCAUAUGAAACUGUGGCACAGUUGGUCGAUCUGGCUCUUCUUGUGAGGCAGGACAUGGUAACCAAGGCAGGAGACCCGUUCAGCCAUGCCAUUUCAGCGACCUUCAUCCAGUAUCACAGCUCUGCUGAGGGGUCUUGCAUGAAGUCCUACCCAGACUCUCCGGAGAAUACACCUCCUCCUACACCGACGGCUCCAUCAUGUGGAUCACAGCACUCAGGGAAAACCACGUUAGGGUCCCUAGGGAAUGGGAAUGCUGGACAGGACUCGGCUAAAACCAAGCAAAGGAAAAGAAAAAAGAGCACUGCGGCCGGUGGUGUGGAGGCUCACAGCGAUGCCAUCCAGCCCUGCCACAUCAGAGAGGCCAUGCGACGCUACGGCCACAAGAUUGGCCCCCUUUCCCCAUUCACAUGUGCCAACAUUUCUAAAAUAAAACAUUGCAAUAAAACGACUGUAUUUGAAAAACCCGCGAUGGAGCGAAGCCGUGAAAGUCGAAGCGCGAGGUGGCGAGGGACGACCGUGUGUGGGCGACGAAUCCUACCUCGCGGACGUUCGUUUAUCGCGGUGGAGUCUGGAACUGGUUGA